AUGGCGCCAUACGUCAAGACGCACAUAACUGUCAGCGAGAAGCCGGUUAGAGUGUCGCCGCUGUUGCAUCACGGCGUCUUAAGGCAGGUUUAUCUGAACGUGGCGAGCGCUGGAUGGUUGGCCGACCGCUCCCUGGCCUCGGGAUCCGAUAAGAAGGCGUGGUGUGGAGGGGCUGAACGGCGUCGGGAGCAGAGCCGUGUGCAGCGGGCGAGAGGACGGUGCCCCGGGAGAUGCUGCAGUUCUGCAUUCUGA